AAGAAAAAAAAAAAAACAAAACUAGACUGAACUAAACUAAACUAAACUAAAAGUUGCAGAAGAAGAUGAAAGAUCAUCCUCAGUUUCUGUUGGAUUGUUCUCUUUGCUGAAGUCCUGCCCGCUCACCUAGCCCCACUGAUGCUACUUCUUUGCGGUGUGACCUCUUAAAUCUCAUCUCCUUCUGUGACGGAUGAUGGCUUCACUUUGGUGGUGUUCAAGUUCCUUCUCUCUCUCUCUCUCUCUCUCUCUCUCUCUCUCUCUCUAUCUAUCUAUAUAUAUAUAUACAUUUAUGACCAAACUAUGAUCUAUACCCUCUUGAUUCGUCUAAUUUAAUGACACGAGGUUUUAUUUACUUGCUGAAUUAGGAGUGAAGGUUAUCCUCUGCUAAUCAGUUGUUUUUAACGCUUUUCUUGCUUCAAGAAAUAUCUAAAGAGGCCUGAUGAGAUGAGAAUUUCAGUUUCUCUGCCACUUGGGUUAAGUGGUACGGAUUAUUUUCUGCUUCGUCGAUUUUCAACUGUGCUUGAUUAUGUUUCCGUGAAUUCGGCUUCUGCAAAACCUAUAUUUUCUGGGAACUUGGGCACAAGGAAUUGGAAACCAAUUCCGGUACCCCACAGAAAAAUGCCUGAACCUAAAGGCCAAGAUCUUGAUUUUGUCAAUGUUGCGCAUAGCCACCUAAUUCAUUCUGACUGGGAUAAGCUCAGUGAACUUUCUGCCUAUUUGACUCCGUCUAGAGUCAACCACAUUCUGGUGAAGAUCCAGAAGGACCAUGUUCUUUCCUUGGAAUUCUUCAAUUGGGUUAAAACCCAAAACCCCAGUUUUCAGUCCCUUGAAACCCUUUCCAUAAUGCUUCACAUACUCACUAAAAACCGGAAAUUCAAGUCAGCCGAGUCCAUUUUGAGGAUUACCUUUGUGACUGGUCAGUUGGAUUUGCCUGCUAAAUUGUUGGACGCAAUACUUUAUUCUUAUCGACUAUGUGAUUCUUCGCCUCGGGUUUUUGAUUCGUUGUUUAAGUUCUACGCCCAUAAGAAGAAAUUUAGACAUGCCACCGAUACUUUUUCUCAAAUGAAGAUUUUUGGGUUCUUGCCAACUGUUGAGUCAUGCAAUGCAUAUAUAAGCUCACUGCUUGAUUUACACAGGGUAGAUAUUGCUCUCUUGUUCUAUAGAGAAAUGAAGCGAUGCAGGAUAUCACCAAAUGUCUAUACUCUCAAUAUGGUUAUGGAUGCUUACUGUAAAUCUGGGAAACUAGAUAAGGCGCUUGAGGUGUUUGGGGAUAUGGAGAGACUGGGUUUUAGUCCUACUGUUCCAUCAUACAAUACUUUGAUUGCAGGGCACUGUAACAAGGGUCUCCUGGGUUUGGCUAUGAAGCUUAAGAACUCAAUGGGGAACAACGGGUUGCAACCAAAUGUGGUUACUUAUAACACUCUCAUCCAUGGAUUUUGUAAGGAAGGGAAGUUAAACGAAGCAAGCAAAGUUUUCAGUGAGAUGAAAGCAAUUAAUGUGUCUCCAAACACCAUAACUUAUAAUACCCUGAUAAAUGGUUUCAGCCAAGUGGGUUAUUGUGAGAUGGCAAGCAGGCUUUAUGAUGAGAUGGCCAGCAAUGGAGUGAAGGCCGAUAUCUUGACUUACAAUGCGUUGAUUCUGGGACUUUGCAGGGAGGGUAAGACAAAGAAAGCUGCAUAUCUUGUCAGAGAACUUGAUAAGGAGAACUUAGUCCCAAAUGCCUCCACCUUUUCUGCACUUAUCAGUGGGCAAUGUGUAAGGAAAAAUCCCGACCGUGCUUUCCAGCUAUAUAAAAGCAUGACAAGGAGUGGUUGUUACCCAAAUGAUCAUAUAUUAAAUAUGAUGGUUUCUGCCUUCUGUAAGAAUGAGGAUUUUGUAGGAGCAGUCGAAGUCUUGGGGGAAAUUCUCGAUAGAUCAAUAACUCCCGAUUCAGUCAUCCUAUCUGAGCUUUAUAAUGGACUUAAGCAGUCUGGCAAAGAUCAAUUGGCAAUGAAGUUACACAGGGAAAUGGAAGCUAAACACCUCCUGCCAGAAGGCCUUAAUGGGUUAAAAACUAUAUAUUCUGGGGAUGAGAAUAAGAUCAAACAAUUCAAGAUGAGUCACGAGGACUUUAUGCCAGUAAUGGAAUGAAGAAAAAAUUUGCAUGAAGCAUGUAUCAGGCACACAUUAAAGCUGUCAAUCAGUCAUGCUUAAUCACUGGCAUGCAUUUUAGUAAAUGUUUCCGGGAAGCAAUGCUACUUUUCAAUGGAAGAUUUUUCUUACCUAGAGUAUGCCCCGAUGCAAGGAAAAUGGAUUUUUCUCCAAUUGAUCUUAACUGACUUGGGUGCAUGGCAAUUCAAGGGCUUCUGCAGUCUCUGGUUGGCAGCUAUGUUUAAUGAGCUGAUUAGAGCUGAAUCUGCAUCCAAUUGUAGCUGCCUGUUUCUGCCUGUUUAUGCAAAAUUGGUCAAAGAAACAAUCUCAUUGAUAUGAACGCAGAGGCCCUCCAUACAAGGAAAGUCAAUUUUCCUUCUCUAAUUGAUCUAAAUGACUUAGGUGCUUGGCACUUGAAGGGCUCCUGCAGUCUCUGAUUGGCCGUUAUAUUUAAUUGAAAUUAUUACUGUUGAAUCCUCAUCCUUAUGCUUGCAGCCUGUUUAUGCAAAUUUGGCACAAGAGACAACCUUCAUGGUCCCACUGACAGUUUCAGGAUCAAUCUUGGCAUUUUGAUCCUUGCCCAGAUUUCCAUUUCUCUCUCAACUACAUGGAGUAAGAGGAAGAAGGCAAAAGGGAGAGAGGAGGACAAUAAGAGCCCUGGGGAGUCGGAGAACUUUUUCCGAGGACCUGAAGCUUCAUGUUUUCCAUGCAGAGGUACUCUAUAUUGCAGCUGAAGGUCUUAAAAAUUAGUUGAAGUUGCAUUAGGAUUUUAACUUUAGUAGCCUAUUGCGAUAUUGAAAAUUUAAGUUGGGUGAUCAAUAAAUGUUAAUUUCCUCCAAGGUGAAAUGUGGGUUAUUAAAUCUUCAGAUCAAUCAGUGAGCAGAGACAGUUUAUGGCUAUGUUUGGAAUAAAUCCAAAAUUCUUAUGGAAUUCAUUUGCAAAUGUACAUUAAGAAAAUGGUGAAAUUCCUCUAUAACAUGAUUAAAGUUGAAACCA